UGCACUUCCCACUGCUGAAUGAGAAGGUGGGAUAUCAAGUGGGGAGAAGACAAAAAGGACACACAGCUCCUCUACAGUGGACACAGGGAAUUAUCCACCUGGCAUAUUUCUUAAUGGAACAAAUGUGGAUUCAUCGGGAGUGGCCAAGCAGGGCAUGGCGUUAAGCAGACUCCUGCUGCUCUUUAUGGUAGCCUCUGAACUGCGGGAUGCUGAGACAAAACCCAUAGAAUUUGUGUGUAAUAAAGGUGCCAGGCGGGCUAUUAACAUUGUGGCAGAGCUGGAGAGUGCACUGAGUGAAUGUUAUGGCUCGACAACACUCUCCACCCCGGUUCAGCUACCCUGUACCGAGCUUCACGUAGCAUCUUGGGAAAACAAAUCAGACCAGGAGAAGAGAGGAGACAUCGUUGCAUCCUUGAAGCUUCUUGUUGAAAGUGUGAAGGUGUUCAAGGCCCAAAGCCAGCCGGGAUGUGCUGCUUCACUUCUGCAGAGACUGGAGAACAACAUCAACAACUACCUGCUCAUUCUCACACACCUUCAGCUGAGUCAGGGGCCAGCAGUGAGUCCAGGACUGUCAUGUGUUCCUCGAAGUACCCAGAGUCUGAGCACAGUCCUGUUGAACUACAACCAACUGAUCUCAGGCAAACUAGAGCGGUUUGUCAUUAACCUGGAAGACAGAUGCAAUUCCAAUUAACAUAUGAACAAAUAGAGUGGACCUAAUGUUCUUCCAACUGCUCCCCCCAGGGCGAUAAAAGAAGAAUGAAAAUCCAACAGAGCAAAACUGUCAGAAAGAUCCAGAUAUUCUCCUUUCCCUGUUCCACAUGUUUAUGCACUUUGUUGUAGAUCUCAAAUGUUGUAUAGGUGAAAAGUUUGCUUUUUUUAUAUAAUGUAUAACUUUUUAAGAGGAUAAAGAAGAAAUACAUCCUUUUCUGCUGGUCGUUAAGCGCAAUUAGAGUAUCAUGGACAAAUGAAUGUAUAACAGAAAGGCCGUUUUUUUAAUGAAUUUACUAAACUAUGGAUGCUUUAAAGUUUGUUCUCAGCCAAUUGAACUAUUACAAGCCUACAAUCUGCAAAAAGUCAACCUGAUUUGGAUUUAUUUUAUUUUUCAGAUUUGUUGUGAUCUUUAGUGGUAGCAAGGCUUGCAAAGCUGAGGAAAACGUACAAACCAUCCAGUUGCAAAUAGUUUUAUUUCACAAUGUUUUAUAUCCAAAUACUGCAAGUCCUUGCACAUUUGCUUAAUUUGAAAAAUCUAGUGUUCCUGGUAUGAAUUUAGAGAGCAACUGUUUAUUCUCAUUGCACUUUUAGAUAUCUCUGUUUACAUUUUUUAUUUUAAAGUUUAUUGAUUUGCUGUAGAUUUGUGCCUUUUUCUAUGUAUUUCAUAUUUUAAUUUAGGAAAUCUAUCUUGCGUGCCUCAGUGAAUUUGAUUAUGUAUAUCCAGAUUUGUCAUUUUAAGAGGACAUUUUAUUUAGUUGAUGUUUAUCAAAACAAUAUAAUAUGCAAUAAACUA